AUGGGUGUUAAUCCCUCAAUGCACCAGACUUGCAAUUUUGAUGAGUCUAAUAUGCUAAACAUGGCAAAACCUUCUUCCUUUGUUUUCCUCUUCUCACUCCAUUGCCUCGUGGCCUCCUUAGCUUGGACCAAAACAAACAUCACCACCGACAAAUAUGCACUUCUUGCCCUUAAAUCCUCUAUCACUUCAGAUCCAUACAAUUUCUUAGCUAAUUGGUCUAUCUCUUCUUCUCCAUGCGAUUGGGUUGGUGUCACCUGCAAUACUCAUCAUGAAAGGGUCCACUCUUUGAAUCUUGCUGGCAUGGAUCUUACAGGCACCAUAUCUCCACCAUUGGGAAAUCUCUCAUUCCUUGUUGAACUUGAUCAACUUGAUCUCAGAAUCAUUCCAAGUGCCAUUGGAAAUGUGACCAACCUUCAAUCAUUAUAUCUUGCCAACAGCAACUUACAAGGUUGUAUACCCAAAGACAUUGGCAAUCUCCAUAAACUUGAAUUAUUAGAUAUAUAUGACAAUUAUAUUGGAGGACCUUUUCCUUCCAGAAAGGUACCAGGGUGUCUUGGGAAUAGUUCUUUGUGGAAGUUGGAUUUCAGCUCUAACAAAUUGACUUCUCCUCUGCCCUCUUCUCUUUGGAGUAUGGAAGAUAUCUUGGUCUUAGACUUAUCCUCCAAUGCAAUAAGCGGAACAAUUCCAUCUGAUGUGUCAAACCUAAGGGCCAUUAUACAUAAGAGAGAUGUUAAUGGUUUAACCAAUAAGGAUUUAAUUAAUUUGGAGACACCAAUUAGGAUAUCCUAUUAUGAGCUUCUACGAGGAACAAAUGGAUUUGAUGAGAGAAAUCUCCUUGGCUUUGGAAGUUAUGGAUCAGUAUACAAAGCAAAUCUGUCAAGUGAAAAAAUAGUUGCUGUUAAAGUAUUUAACUCAGACUUGGAAGAAGCAUUGAGGAGUUUUGAUAUUGAAUGUGAUGCAUUAUGCAAUUUUUGUCAUCGCAAUCUUGUUAAGAUCAUAAGCACUUGUUCAAAAUAUGAUUUUAAAUCUAUAAUCAUGGAGUUCAUGCCAAACAGGAGUCUUGAUAGAUGGUUGUACUCUCAUAGACAUUGUUUAGAUAUUUUGCAAAGGCUGAAUAUAUUGAUUGAUGUAGAAGCUGCAUUAGAAUAUCUUCAUCAUGGUUCAUCUAAAUCAGUUGUUCACUGUUUUGUAAAACUGAGUAAUGUAUUAUUGGAUGAAGAUAUGGUGGCUCAUCUUAGUGAUUUUGGUAUUGCCAAAUUGUUAGGGGAAGGAUAA